AUGUGUCACAAGGAGCCAUCUGCUGUUGUCCAUUUUGAAACUAUGCCUGCAUAUCAAGGCGAUGACUUGGUGGCUGAUAUUCGGGUACUGCAUCGUGUAUUUUGGAGUUAUUACCCUUGUAUUAGGGCAUUCAGACAUUGUAAGCCAAUUGUCCAGGUGGAUGGGACUCACUUGUACGGAAAGUAUAAGGGUUGUCUGCUUGUGGCAGUUUCACAGGAUGACAACAACAAUAUCGUCCCAAUUGCGUUUGCUAUUGUGGAGGGAGAGACUUCUGAUGCAUGGCAUUUUUUUCUUAGUAACCUGCGUCAAUAUGUUGUAACUCGGGAUCGUGUCGGUCUAAUAUCCGACAGGCACGAGUCCAUCAAUGCAGCUGUGGAACGCAGUAACGGAGCUUGGUCACCGCCUAGAGCUUUUCAUAUGUUUUGCAUCAGACAUAUAGAGUCAAAUUUUCUGAGAAAGUUCAAGGCCCCGUACCUCCAAAAAUUGAUCGUCAACAUUGGAUAUUCGAGGACGGUGCGGGAGUACGAAGUGCGUUACCAGCGGUUACGGGAACGUGGCGAGGCGUACACAAACUGGUUAAACCGAAUUCCUCGCGAACAGUACGCAUUGGCCUUUGAUGAUGGGUACCGAUGGGGUCACAUGACGACGAAUCUAGUGGAGUGCAUCAAUUCAGUUUUGAAGGGUGCACGCAAUCUUCCCAUUACUGCUCUUGUGAAGGCAACAUUCUACAGACUAAACGAGUUGUUCACCCGGAAAAGAGCAGAGGCGGAAGCCCGGAUCAAUGCUGGCCAUGUGUUUUCUGAUAUCGUGACAUCGAAGUUGCAUGCAAACCAACUUGCAUCAGGAAACAUCCAAGUUAGUUGCUUUGACCGCCAGAAUGAGGUCUUUGAGGUUCGUGAGAUGCCAAGCAGGCUGGAGUUUGCAGUCGAUCUACGUGGCCUUCGAUGUGACUGUGGUGAGUUUCAGGUGGACCGGAUCCCCUGCAGACAUGUGUUCGCAUGUUGUGCCAACCAACGACUGGAUUGGCAACUAUACGUGAAUGAUGUGUAUAAGAUGGACCAAGUUCGGCGGGUGUACCGAGCUAGGUUUAUGCCACUAGGUAAUCCUAUCACAUGGCCUGCUUAUAACGGACCUCGGUUCAUACCAAAUCCGUACCUAAGACGGGUCACGAAAGGUCGCCCCAGGAUGACCCGCUUUUUGAAUGAGAUGGACACGCGGAUGUUACAUCGUCCCAGGCGAUGUACGCUAUGUGGGGCUGAGGGACAUAGUCGUAGCAGAUGCCGUCAGUCAGCUGGUUCAAAUACCAACAGAGAUGCCCCCUAG